UUCGCUGUCCCGCCGCCAGCCCGUCCCCGCCCGGGGUUCCCCGCCACGAUGGGGGCGCUGCUGGCGCUUUGCCUCCUCGCCGGCUGGCUGCGCUGGGGCCCCGCAAGCGCGCAGCAGCCCGGGGAGUACUGCCAUGGAUGGGUGGAUGUUCAGGGUAACUACCACGAGGGCUUCCAGUGCCCGGAGGACUUCGACACGCUGGACGCCACCAUCUGCUGCGGGUCCUGCGCUCUUCGCUACUGCUGCGCGGCGGCCGACGCCAGGCUGGAGCAGGGCGGCUGCACCAACGACCGCGGCGAGCUGGAGCACCCGGGCAUCACCGCGCAGCCUGUCUAUGUUCCCUUCCUGAUCGUGGGCUCCAUCUUCAUUGCUUUCAUCAUCCUGGGCUCUUUAGUGGCUAUUUAUUGUUGCACCUGUUUGAGACCCAAGGAACCCUCACAGCAGCCAAUCCGUUUCUCGCUUCGCAGCUAUCAGACAGAGACUUUGCCUAUGAUCUUGACGUCCACAAACCUCAGAGCACCGUCUAGGCAGUCCAGCACUGCUACCAGCUCCAGCUCUACAGGUGGUUCCAUUCGCAGGUUCUCCUUUGCCAGGGCUGAGCCAAGCUGCAUGGUACCCUCACCACCCCCGCCUUACACCACGGGCCACCCUAUACACCUGACUCAGCCUUCUGGUUUUCUGGUGUCACCCCAAUAUUUCGCUUACCCCCUCCAGCAGGAGCCCCCGCUACCUGGGAAGAGCUGUCCGGACUUCAGUUCCAGUUGACAGACCACAGUCACGAAUUUAUCGCGUAGUAAAAUGGCAGACAAAUGGAGC